GCUUGCUAGAACCCCAAAGUGGUGGAUACCAGUUGAAGGGGAAAGACCCUUAAAGAUUGGGAUCCCUGCAAGGGGUGCCUUCAAUCAAUUUGUGAAAGUAAGCUAUGAUCAGGAGAGGAAUGAGACACAAAUAUCUGGAUUUUCAAUUGAUGUUUUUGAAGCAGCAGUCAAACAUCUCCCUUAUCAAUUGCCUUAUGUGUUUGUUCCCUUCAAUGGCUCAUAUGAUGAAUUGGUGCAACAGGUCUACUACAAGGGCUUGGAUGCAGCUGUUGGUGAUAUAGAAGUCGUAGCUGAUCGGUAUCAUUUUGUUGAAUUCUCACAGCCAUAUGUGAGCUCUGGAAUUGUGAUGGUAGUCACUGUAAAGCCAGAUAAGCUGAAGGAAAAAUGGAUGUUCAUGAAGACCUCACCAAAAGCAUGUGGUUCCUCAUGAUUGUGGCGCACCUUUCUGUAUGCUUUGUCGUCUGGUUAAUUGAAAAUGAACAUGGAGACAACCUUGAACUAAAGGGCAUUGGGGCCAUCCUUUGGUUCUCUGUCACUGUCCUGUUCUUUGCACAGAGAGAACGAGUUCAGAGCAAUUGGGCUCGGUUGGUGCUGGCUCCAUGGUUAAUGGUGAUUCUAGUUGUGACAGCUACUUUCACUGCAAGCCUCACCUCCAUCCAUGAUGACCGUCUCUCGAGUUCAGCCGUCUGUGCUUGAUAUUGAAACACUUAAGAGAACAAAUGCAACUGUUGGGUGUAAUAUUAAUUCUUUUAUUGUUAGAUACUUGAUUAAUGUUUUAGAAUUCAGACCAGAAAAUAUCAAAAGUAUUGCCACAAUAAGUGACUACCCAAAUGCCUUUGAGAGGAAAGAUAUUGCUGCAGCUUUCUUUGUUGCUCCCCAUGCUAAAGUCUUCCUUGCAAAGUACUGCAAGGGAUAUAUCAAAUCAGGACCAGUUUACAAGCCUAGCGGCUUUGCAUUUGUUUUUCCGAAGGGUUCUCCUUUGGCUUUUGACAUAUCGGAGGCAAUCCUAGAGACCAAUGAGAGAGGACAAGUGGAACAACUAGAAAAACAAAUGCUCUCCUCUUAUAAUUGCUCCUCUUCAAUCAAGUUGGAGAAUGAAGAUUCCAUAGGUCCUGGGCCUUUCUCUGGCCUCUUCUUAAUUUCGGGUUUCGUUUGUGCAUCUGCAUUUUUCGUCACAGUUGUGCGUAUAGCGGGUAGGCACAUGCAGAACUUGAGCUGCAUACGAGCAAUGUUGAUCAACACAAGAAUUUGGAGAUGGGCUUCUAUAUCCUUAGCCAUGAGCUGCAGAAAAUCUAAAAGCCAGUGCUCCACAAGAAGCUCGAUGGUGAAGCCAAACGGCCAAGGAGAAAAGCUUGAUGAGGUAGAACACAAUUCAAUGAGUACUGGAAUGGUAAUUAUUACUCAACACUGA